AUGGCGCUUAAGGCACGGAUCGAAAAUGGUGUCGUCUUCUCCCCGUACCCGUCGCUACCCGUGCCGGAAAUGUCGCUUUACCAGGUGGUCAAACAUUGCCUCGAGCAACACGGGAACAGAACAGCUGUGGUCUGGGAGGACGAACAAAUCACGUUCUCAGAGCUCCUCAAGAUGUUCCAGCGGUACGCCGCUGGGUUCCAGAGACACGGCGUUGAUAAAGGCGAAAAGGUUCUGGUUCAUCUGGACAACUCUCUGGAAAACAUGAUCGCAAUGUACAGUAUCGUGUUUGCUGGGGGAGUUGCUGUGGCGUCUGAAACGAUCCUGUCAGACGAUGACAUUCUUUAUAUGAUUCGUAAUAGUAACGCCACCCACAUCCUCACCACAUCGAGUGAAGCUAGCCGUUUUAGCGGCAUGCGGGAAAGGCUGGAGAUAAAGGGUUGCUUCACCACAGGAACCGCCCCGGGAUUUGUCUCCGUGGCCGAGUUCAAGAAGCUGAAGGAAGAUUCAUACGAAGAGUUGCCUGCGGAGGACGCCAAGAACGAAGUGGUCGUGCACUUGUACACAUCGGGAACAACGGGUCGACCGAAGGCCGUCGAGCACACGCAUUACAGCCUCGUGGCAAUUUUGCCCCGGCCCGGGUAUCCUCAAACUUGCGAUUGUCAAGAGGUUUUUGCUUCCUGGAUACCGAUCACAGCGGUUGCUGGGUUUACGUUUUUUCUGACAAAAUGUUCUUAUGGAGCGGAGACUGUUCUUCUCUCCAAAUCAACUGGUACAGAGGAAAUACUAGACUCCCUGAGAAAGUACAAGGUGACUUGUGUGGCAGGGAGUGGCCCCCGAAUGGUGCUGCUUGCCAAGGCGAUGGAGAAAAAAGGAAUUCGGCUGGAAAGUCUGAAGAACAUCGUUAUUUGCAGUGUCUCUGUGACACAUAAGCUUCUGAGGCAACUUGAACCGUCGUUUGGCGUGGCUGUCAUCAAAAAUUCCUAUGGAACUACGGAAGCAAUCGGGAUCUGUAGACCCCCCUACGGUGCAUCCAAGUGGUAUGGCAUUGGAUUCCCAUAUCCGAUGGUAGAAAUUAAGGUUGUGGACGUCCAGAGUGGGAAAGUGCUCGGGCCAAACGAGAAAGGAGAAGCACUAGUGAAGUCGCCGUCUUCCAUGCGGGGCUAUUACGGAAAUCCGGAAGCUACGUCACAAGCGAUUACUCCCGAUGGAUGGGUUCGAACAGGUGACAUCUGCUAUUACAAUGAAGAUGGCCAGUUCUUCCACGUUGAGAGAAUGAGCCAGUUUUUCCGAUGCAUGGGUAUCCAAGUAGCUCCCUCCUCCAUUGAGAGCGUGUUGCUCAACCACGAAGGAAUCGCAGAGGCGGCUGUCAUCGGUGUUCCUCAUCCACAGUAUGAAGAAGUGGCCAUGGCGUUUGUUGUGUUGACAGAAUCUUGCGGGAAAAUCACCGAGGCAAUGCUCCAAAACUUCGUCGCAGGUCAACUUGGAAAGUACAUGCACCUUCAUGGAGGGGUAAAGUUUGUUCACAGGUUACCAAGAGACACCAAUGGCAAAGUCAUCAGAAAAAAAUUGCAGAUGCUUCACGUGGACGAUUAG